AUGGAAAAGACAUCAUGGCUAACUUUUCAGGCUCACCACGCAAUCAUAGACCCGCUCAUUGAGCCGGACCCAAGCGACGAGACUGGACUCAACUCGCACUUCCGUUCCACAUUCGCGCCCGCGGCUCCGCUCACCCCACCCGGAUCCGGCGGCAACCCCAAGGGCCUUCCAUCCGUUAGUGUGCAGAAAACCGGCAGCUCCGUGGAAACCAACCCGUUCCGCCGCUCCAGGGCUUCGUCUGAUUCAAAGGACGCACAGGCUGGGCAGGCUUCACCGCAGAGCAGGAGGUAUGGUUACCCCUCCCCUCCCAACUCUGCCAGCCCUAGACGUGCCCGUUUCAACGACAACUACCGUGCGGAUGCCUUCGGAUCCCUCAACGAAAGCCGGCCUCGACGAUCUAGCAACCCCGCCCCAUCUUCCUUGAACAAGUCUCGACCUCGCGGAAAUUCCUUGAAGGAGCGCUUUCCCGGUGACAAGUCUCACAGACCUCUUGACAUAAUUCGUCAUGAUGAGAAAGUUGCUCACCGUGCUCCCCAUCUUAGGAAGAAGAAUUUCCAAGGCGCCGACGUCAUCGAUCGCCUCGACAGGGCAAGCUUUGGCCGAUACCACCACGAAGGCCCUUACGACGCCGCUAGCAUCGCUCGAAACAGGGACACUAAGUAUAGCCCUCUUGCGGCGGUAAAGGACUCUAACGAGGAGGCUCUAAGGGCUACUCCACGAGAGAACAUCAUAGACUCUGUGCAGAGGCACCGACCUUUGGAGGGCGUGGCUAACAUCCCCCCUGGCAUGGCUGAUCGUUUCGGAAGGGUUCUCAAUUAUGAAGAGGGAGCCGACCUGCAGCGAGAGCCUGGCGGUGACUACCGUCGCUGGCCUGGAGUGGAAUACCACCCAAAUGACCUCAAGGGCAAGGGCGAGCCCUCGUACACCAUCGAGAAGGCUCUAAAGGACCACAAGCGAUCUGGUGACAGUGGCAUAGAAAUGAAAUCACGCCAUCGCACCCAUAGCGCCGGUGACGUCGACGCACCUGGCAUUGUCCCCACUGUCGCAACGGAGGCAUCCGGUGUCAACCGCAGCAACACUACCGGCAAGAGCGUAGGCGGUGCCCUCAAGAAGCGCUUUGGCAGCCUCCGUCGUCGCAAGCAAGAAACCGAGGCGUAGAAUCUCUCGUGCCUCUUGCACCCUCGCCGCAUCUCCGAAGUCCCGCACGCACACGCAUUACCCUGAAGCAUACUUCUCUCACCCCGAGAGACGCCCAUUUCCUUUUUUUCGAAAUUGUAUAACUAGCCAUUGCAUUGCCUUGCAUAGCAACAUGCGCUGAGCGGAUUGUUGAAUUUUCCUGUUUGUUUUCAUAGGCGACAUGUUUCCUUUUUCGCGUACCAAGACCGCUACAAAAAGACAGAUACACGAGGCAUUUCCUUCGGGUUAGUCACCGUACAUGGAUAUAAGCUCGAUGGUUGGAGUGGUUCAUACGAUUUAGCAAGAUAGUGACAGAUACGAUGACGAAUAACGAAUAAUAAGUCAUAAAUCACGUUUUGUUAG